CUAUGCCGAUCCUCCAAACAUUGAAAGGGUCGACCUUACCCUCACAACACCGCCUUUCUCCACCCCUCCGGCCAAAUCGCAUCCCUGAACACACGGCGAAAAGAUGUAUUCUUGAUUCGGCAACCCCUGAACGACUUGUUCGGAGAGCUUGUACGGGCCCUUUCACCUGCUUCUCGGCCCAAACCGAAGUCAACUUUUGCGCGCACUUGAGCUGUAAACGUCAAUACUUUCCCAUGGCAACGACGAUCGCAUCACAGCACCACCGAUCCAAAUCCAACAAUAUGCCUGGUCUUUUCACUCCAUCCCCACACACGAACGAGCGAAAAAAUCUUCGAGCAAAUAUCUUCGAGCCGGCACCGCAAUAUGGCUUCGCAGCUCGCACUUCGGGGCACCAGGUGACAGGUGAUGCAAAUGCUCACGAGGCCCGUCUCUCAGACCAACCCUUCAACUUUUCCGCUCCAGCAUCGAAUGCUUUCUCUACCACCCCUUCGUGGCCCAGAUCCUCCAAGCACGCGCCAUCUUUCGACGCAAAAAGCCCUCCGCCGCUAGCCAACGAUCGGUACCAGCUGGCCGGCGGCAUGCACACACCCAUCGUUGGAGGCUCGAAAAGGCUUCACGGUGACUACGACGAUUACUUCAACCUCGAGCAACAACGCGGAAUGUGGGCAUCCCCUGCCACUCCAUAUACGAGAAUGCAGCAAGCAGACCACCUGCAGCCAUCGCCUAGCACGUCAAAGCCGUGGGUACUGAACCAGAUCUUCAAUAUUGUGGGGGGUGUUGCGGGCAAGCUUGCUCAAUUUUGUACUGUCCCGUUUCGUGGAUUUUCAGCAGGAGGAGGACAGGCCUACACAUUUGAGGCGGACGGAAGAGUUGCUGCUCAGCUCUUCCAUGACCCACCUGCCGCCGAUCCUAUUGAGCAGCACGCGCCUGGCCAUUUCCCGAGUGAGGAUAAUUUUGGUGUACGAUCUAUCGAUUCGAUCGAUAGCGAGAGGCCCCGGAUGCCGAAACGUUUGCGCACAGCCGACAGCUGGGUUGUGGUGGACAAAGACGGGACCACGGAAUCAAGGCCGUCUUCUCCGCGUCUCACUGAGCGUCGAGUGCCCGCCCACAGCAGAUCACCCUCUCAGAUUCCACGUCCAGUAUCUCGCGCAAAUAUAUCGACACCCAUCGCCAAUCGGCCCUCGCUCAUUCCUGUAUCCCGACGAUCCACUCUCGAUAGGAACUCGAUUCAGCUCGCUUCCAAACCCGAUUCGCAAACCCGCACACAUGAGAGGUCAUAUAGCCGCCAAAGCUAUGGUUCUCCUGUCAUGUUCGAGGCAAAGGCUGCCAAAUCGAAGAUAUCCUUGCCACCCGAAAGCCACCGUCUCAUCAACAAGGUACGCCGUGAGGAGUUUGAGGACGACCAACGUUUGCGCCGAAUGAGCUCGCAAAUGAGCACCAUGCUGCGGGAAGCACAAGAAGCGCUGGGCAGCAAGUUUGAACUCCAAGAUGAUUUCAUGGAUGAUGGCUACGACGAUGAUAGGUAGCUAUCGGUCCAGACUUUUUCACAACAGAAGAGGUUACUGUGCCGCCAUCCAUUUCCUCUAUUCCCUGAGUGUUUCGAGCUUUGUUUGCCAGAACACAGGCAGUUUGCAACCAGGCAAUACGUCUAGCGAGUCUUGCAAAGCUCCACCUUCUUAUUUGUCAAUCUUCGAACUCGCCUGCUCGGGGCUGUUUUAUCUAUUGUGCAAUGCGUUAUGUCUCAUGAUAUCAUGUCUUCCUCUAUACCCUCUCUUUGUGUGUUUGUAUCUGGUCCUGAGGCGUACGGCGCCUACGUAUACCCUUAUUCUCACUCUGCGGUCACAUAUUCAGGGAUGAUUUCUGUGCAAAGUAUAUCUCCUUUUCUCGUAUUUCAUCCUCACUUUUGAGAUGAAGAUGGAGUAACGGAAUGAAACUAAAUCAAAUCUCUUCGUUAUGUCAUAUGACAAGUGCAUGAAGUGAUGUGAAGUGAUGAUAAUAUUAUGAGAAUACACGCUAGAAGAAUUGCAAUAUAUGAUCUCUCU